AUGCCUGGGGCCUUACACACCCUCUGCCUCACCUUCUACCCGCUACUGCACCCUUUUUCUUUCUGCCUAAAUCUUUCUCAUAUUAUCGUUUUCUUUCUUUCUUUUCUUUCUUUUAUAUUUCUUCCUCCUUCUUUCUAUCUUAUUUCUCUUUCUGUUUCAUUCUUUUUUGUUUUCUUGCUUUCUUUCUCUUUCUCGACUUUUUUCUUUUCGUUUCUCUUUUUUUUUAAUUUUUUUUUUCAAUUCUCUUCUUCAUUUCUCUUUGUUUUUCAAUCACCACCCCCCGUUUUUUUUCGCUUCCUCUUUUUCUCUCUUUCACAUUUCUUUCACUGUGUCAUUUUUUUUCCUUCUCUUCACUCUGUCACACGUUCUAAUUUAUUUUUUUUCUCUCAUUCUCUUUUUCUUAUAUUAUUUUCUGUCUUUCUUUCUUUCUUUUCCUUUGUAUUUCAUUCUCUCUUUCUGUUUCUCUUUUCACUUUCUGUCACACACAUUCUUAAUGUUUUUCAUGCUUUUUUUCACUUUCUUUCUUUCUUUCUUUCUUUCUUUCUUUUUUUUACGUUGCAGUUCCUUCUGUCACUCGUUCAAAUUUCUUUUUUCUCUCAUUCUCUUUAUUCUUAUAAAAUUUUAUUUAUUUAUUUAUUUACGCUGCAGUUCGUUCUGUCACUCGAUCAAAUUUUUCUCUCUCAUUCUCUUCCUUCUUGUAUUAUUUUCCUUCUUUCUUUCUUUCUUUCUUUCUUUCUUUCUUCUUGGUAUUUUUUUUUGCAUUUCUUUUCAGUUUCUGUCACACACAUUUUUAAUUGUUUUUCUUUCUUUUAUUUUUCUCUUUUUUUCAGUUUCUUUUUUCACUUCUCGCAUUUUUCUUCCUUCCCUUUCGGCUUUUUCUUCUCCUCUUUUUCUCUCUUUCACAUCUCAUUCAUUGUUUCAAUUUUAUUCCUUCUCGUUUCCUUCUCCUUUCCAUUUUCCUUCGUCUCUCUCUCUCUUCUCUUUCUUCCUUCCUUUCUCGCUAUGUUCUUUUCACUCUCGCUCUUACUUUGUAGAUCUUUCCGUCAAUCUUUCUCAUUCUCUGUUUGUCUCAUUUUUUUAAUUCUUUCUUGUAUUCUCGUUUCUUUUUUCCAUUUUUCUUUGCGCUAUUUCCGCAUUCUCUUUCUCCCUUACCUUGAGGUUUCAUUUUUUUUUCAAUUUUUCUUUUCUCUCAUUCACUCUCUUUCUUCUUCUUCUUCUUCUUCUUCUUCUUCUUCUUCUUCUUUUACUACUACUACUACUAGUACUACUUCUUCUUUUCUUUGUGUUCCUUUUACCUUUCUUUCUUAUUUAAUCAUUUCCAUUUCGCGUUUUGCUUGUUUAUUGUUUUUUUUUUUUCGUUUCUUUCUUUAA